AUGGUCAACUUUCGCACCCUCACUUCCUCCGCAUACAUGGCGCAAUGCGGCAUACUAGGUGCCAACGCAUACGACGGCAGUUCCCAGCUUUUGGACAUCGUCCCAAAGCGCGAGGUUCUUUACGUUGGUGGGCGUUACACGAACAUCACGGUAAGGCAAAUCUACGUGGAGAAGCUUUCGCCACACCCAGCGCCAAGAAACCAACCACUACCUAUCAUCUUCAUCGCAGGUGCAGCUCAAACGGGUACCAAUUUCCUUAAGACACCUGAUGGUAGGCCAGGGUGGGCUUCAUAUUUUAUCGACAAAGGCCAUACAGUUUACCUCUCAGAUCAACCAGCACGUGGCCGCUCUUUCUGGUUUCCAGGACAAGGAAACGUCGGGACACUCGGGCCACCCAAUGCCGUGUCUGACCUCUUCACAGACGCCGCAAACAAUAACAAUCAAUGGCCGCAGGCGAAGCUUCACACUCAAUGGCCUGGGACUGGUCGCAUGGGAGAUCAGACGUUCGACGCUUUCUACAGAAGCCAGAUGCAGUUCCAGAUUGACCCCUUCAUAGGCGAGGAACAAAAUGCACAAGCAUACUCGGCUCUGGUGGAUAUCGUAGGACCUUGCUAUAUCAUCAGCCACUCACAGGCUGGCGCAUACGGCUGGAGGGUCGGAGACAUGCGCUCAGACCUCGUCAAGGGCCUUGUCCAGCUCGAGCCGUCUGGCCCUCCGUUCACGUUCCGUCCACCUAUUGGAACUGGCCCAGCGCUCGCUUUCGGCCUCACUGAUCUAGAAAUUCAAUACAACCCAUCUGCAGGCAAAGAUGCGAAAGACAUUAAGACAGUUAUCGAGCCAGCAAUCGACGCCAAUCAUUACGAAUGCAUUAUGCAGAGUGCCCCAGCUAAGCAAUUGACUAACUUAGCUAAGAUUCCUGAGCUUAUCGUCACUGGCGAAGCUUCAUUCCAUGCGCCAACCGACUACUGUACUGUCAAGUAUCUUAGGCAAGUUGGUGUAGAUGUAGAAUUCGCGGAUCUCGGCAAAGAAGGCAUUCAUGGUAACGGGCACAUGUUAUUUAUGGAGAAGAACAACCUCGAGAUCGCAGACCGGGUAUACAAGUGGCUGAAGAAGCACUGA